AUUUCAGCAAUUUGCCCUUUUAGUUAUUGUCUUAUUUAUUUAUUUAUAAAUAUUUUAUUUUAUUUUAUUUUAUAGUUAUCGUCACUCCCUCCAAAGUCCAAUCUUCAUAAUUUCCAGGCUUCCACUUUCAGAGAGAGAAUUAGAAUUAGGGUUUGCACUUGCGGUGAUAAGCAACUCUAUGGCUCUGUUGCCAUUUAAUCACCCUUCUUGCACUCUUCCCUCGCCACCACCACAAUCUUCUUCUUCUUGUCUUAUUAGGUAUAAUUUGCCCUCCAAUUCUCCAGUAUUUACAAGUUCUGCAGUCCUCCGCCCUCUCCGUUGGUGCUCAAACCACCACCAGCUCCGGUCUCUGACGCCGGGGAAGGUGACGGUCAGCCUCUCCUCCGCCGUGGAAACUUCAGGUUCAGGCAAUAACAGUCAAGUUGAGGAAGGAGAGAAGAAGCUGCUACUCCAAGUCAAGGAUUUAACGGCGGUGAUUGCCGAAUCGAAACAGGAGAUUCUCAAGGGCGUUAACCUCACCAUCUACCAAGGAGAGGUUCAUGCCAUAAUGGGAAAGAAUGGUUCAGGGAAGAGCACUUUUGCCAAGGUUCUGGCUGGGCAUCCGGAAUACGAAGUUACAGGAGGCAGUGUGGUGUUUAAAGGGGAAAACUUGCUGGAAAUGGCAGCAGAAGACCGGUCACUUUCUGGGCUUUUUAUGAGUUUCCAGUCUCCAGUUGAGAUCCCUGGUGUCACCAACAUUGAUUUUCUCAACAUGGCUUACAAUGCCCGCAGAAAAAAAUUAGGACUGCCUGAGCUUGGACCAAUUGAGUUCUAUGCUUAUAUCUUUCCCAAACUUGAUCUUGUGAACAUGAAGACCGACUUCCUCAAUAGAAAUGUUAAUGAAGGCUUUAGUGGAGGUGAAAAGAAGCGCAAUGAGAUUUUACAACUGGCGGUUUUGGGGGCAGAAUUGGCUAUAUUGGAUGAAAUUGAUUCUGGGUUGGAUGUUGAUGCAUUUCGAGAUGUAGCGAAGGCAGUGAAUGGGUUACUGACUCCACGAAAUUCUGUAUUGAUGAUUACUCAUUAUCUACGACUUCUAGAAUUUAUAAAGCCAACAUGCAUCCAUAUUAUGGAGGAUGGGAAAAUUGUGAAGACAGGCAACAUCUCCUUAGCAGAGGUACUAGAAAAGGAAGGGUACAAAGCAAUUUCUGCAGCAUAACAACAUGCAAAAAGAUGUGAUAGUCUUCGGAAAACGCAGGUGCAGAUGUGAUGCAAUCUUCAGAAGACGCAGGUACAGGAACGGGGGACACAUUUUUGACACACAUUAUAACACACUUUGUAGACCAUUAGAUUAAAACAGUUUUAAUUGUUGAGAUUGCAUCUUAUAAUGUCUACGUUGGAAACAUCCGAGUUCAAUUUUCCUGUGCCUUCAUGUUUCUUUC